AUGACAAUUUCCUUCGUUACUCUUCAUGAUCGAGAGGAUCUUCUUAUGAAAAGUGCCACGUUUCUGAAUACGGAAUGGCCACGUAGUAUGGGCUCCCGUGAACAUUCUCAACGGAAAUCGUGUCGGCAGACGCCGCCGAUGUCAUUUCUAUUGCUGGAAACGGAAACAGAUGAGAUCAUUGGGCAUUCAAGAGUUACUCGUCUUCCGAAUCGUGAAACCGCUCUCUGGAUCGAAUCAGUGAUGAUAAAAAAGGAUCAGCGAGGCCGCGGACUCGGUAAAUAUCUGAUGUUGGAAACGGAGAAAUGGAUGAUGGAAAACGGAUAUGAUGAAGGUUUUCUGGCAACUGAAGAUCAGUGUCGUUUCUACGAAUCAAUUGGAUACGAGAACUGCGAUCCAAUUGUUCAUUCGACAACUGCCACGUGUGUUUUCGCAGCAAUGGAUCAUUUUCAAAACGCUGCUGCCGCCAACCCAUCAAUCCCUUCCACGUCUUCAUCAUCUUCUACCAAUUCUAGUACUUUUGUCUCUUCUUCUGCUCCAAUUCCACCCCCUCCUCCUCCUCCCAAAAUGGUCACUCGAUCUACUUCUCCCAUUUCGAAACACAUUGACGUCAAUAUUACGGACCACCAAUACAUGAGAAAACGGAUUAAACCAUUUGAUAAGUAG